UGAGCUCAACGGCACAAGCAACAAACACACCUAUAAAGCAGCCGAAACUGUUUCAAUUUUUUCAUAGAGCUCAAACGUGAGAGAGAGCAGAGGAGUUUCUUGCGUCCAUGUUUCAAUUUCUUCUUCAGGUUAACCUUAAUUAAUUAUACAUGGAUGGAAGUGAGAGAAUUAAAUCACUUAAGAAAUUCAGUUGCUCCGAUUCAGACUCUAAGUCGCACGAUCAUGAUCAUGGGAAGAAGAAUAAGAAUCAAAGCUCAUAUAGUACCGAGAGUUGUAAUGACGUUUCGGAGCCGCUUCUCCCUCAAGACUUGAUUUUUGAUAUCCUUACUUUUGUUUCUGCAAAUUGCUUGAUUAACUCUGCAAGGUAUGUUUGUAAAACUUGGGCUGCUAUUAUUACCAGCUUCGGUUAUUCUAAAGCCCAUGAACGACGUGCACGUUCUAAAUAUGGUCUUUACGUUGAAAGUUUCAUGUCAGAGUUUGGUUCAUAUUCCUUGGAAUUUAAAGAUGAUUUGAAUGGCGAGUUUGAAAGGACUGAAUUGAGAAUACCUCGAAGAAUGGGAAAGAUAUUAUGUAGUUGUGAUGGCAUAUUACUACUUUCAGAUCAUUGUUUUAGACAAGUCUUUGUAGUGAACCCCAUUCUCAAGUGCUGGCUUAGAAUUCCUCCUUUUCCUAUUUCUAGGCAGCUUACGGAUGCUACGUGUCAAUGCGCUAUAGCACAUGUUCCACGCACUUCCAAAUUCAAGCUGUUUCUUGUGGAUCUUCUCAAAAUUUCGGGUGUUGUUCGGUAUGUUUUCUAUGUAUUAAGAAUUGGAAUAGAUAACUCAUGGAAAGAGAUUGCUAGAAGAGAACCUCCCCCUGGUUGGGUUAGUUAUUUAGAACCAAUUUAUAGUGGAGGUAACAAUCUUUAUUGGAGAACAGUUGAUGAGGUAAUUGUGAUGGAUGUUGACAGGGAAAUUAUUGUACGAGAAUAUCCACUUCCCCCUGACACGUUGCUUGGUCAUUGGCUUCCAAAAUAUUUAUGGACGGGAAAUCGUCUUUCUUGUAUUUCCCCUCAAGGGAAAUGUUUUUCUACAUUAUAUAAAGUUUUUAUUUUGGAUUUUGACUCAGGAGAAUGGUUUCUUUAUCAUGAGAUAGGACCUUUUGAUUAUGUGGCUGCUUAUGGUCAUGAGCUUCAUGUUUUGUUUGAGAUAUUUCGUUUCUGGAUCAAUGAUCAAAUUAUCUUUGAAGCAAACCCAGAAGGAAACAGUCCUGACCGCGAGGAAAACUUUUAUUUUGGUUACAAUGUCAAAACAAGAAAAUUGACAAAGAUUGAGGGCAUUGACGAUGGAAAUUUUAAGGUAUGGCUUCACAGUAGCAGUCUAGUUUCAUUGCCAUACUCCUAGUGAUAUUUGGUGGGGUUGUUUUAAUUUAGUUAUUAAUCAAAGUUAGAUUUUGGAAACUCACUCGAUACGAGUUUGCUUAUGUUUUGUUUUGACAAAGGCGUGUUUGCUUAGUUAGUUAGGCUUUUCUUAAUUCUUAUCUCCGAAUAACAAACAUAUAAUUGAAAAUGUGACAGAUUGGUUGUUGCACCAACAAAUUUGGUUUGAAGUUGAUACUCAUCUAAACUGUAUACAUUACAACUUUUAGGUGUUGAGUUUGUCUGCACAAUGUUCAUUUAAAUGUUUUGUCCAUCCUUGUUUCAAUACAACAAUAUGCAAAUACAGAAAAGAAAAAUCUUAUCAAGAACAAUACAAGUUGUUGCCCAAUUUAUAGAAACAAUCUUAGAAAUAUAAUUAAAGAGUAACGGGUCUAUUAUCCACUCUUUUGUUUUUCCAACUUGUGAUUCCUUGAUUAGCUUCAAAGCCAAGAGCUGUUACAAAAAACCAAUAAACUUAGGCUAAUUUUAUCAUAUUUAAUGUUGUCAUAUUCAAUACUUUAACUUCAGCUAUAGAAAAAGCUAUAGUUUUUCUUUACUAUCUUGACAUAAAUCCAAAAUAAACUUCAACAGUAGUUUUUCAAAAUAUUAUAAUUUCACAAAAUAUUAUAAUUUCACAAGUUUAUUUUUUAAAUUAAAAUUUUAAACAUAGUCACCACAUAUCAACCGGAAGAAGAGAGAAGUGUGUUAAUCCAGUUGCAAAACUGCUGACUCAAACCAGACUUUAAGAGAAUUUUUCUCAAAAACUCUCAGCUUAUGAUAUCAAAUGCCUUGGCAAUGUGCACUUUCAAAGCUAAAUUACCAUGUUUAUUCUUGUUAUCCAGCACAUUCUUUACUUUAGACGCAAGACAUGUACAAUCUUGUAUAUUUCUACCAUGCAUAAAACCUCUUUGGUCUUUAGAAACUAGGAAGAGCAUUAAAGAAGCCUACCUAUCUGCCAGAAUUUUUGCAAUGAUCUCGUAUUUGAAAUUAGAAAGGGUAAUACAUAUCUAAAGAUUAGGCAUCUUUAUAUUUCGGGAUCAUAAUCACUGUACAAGCAUUGAACUUAUACUGGAUCCAUCCUGUGUUGAAGAAUUGGGUGACUGCUUUGCAAACAUAUGCGUUACUGAUUUCCCAAUACAUGUGGUAGAACACGUCACCAAACCCAUAUGGAUCAGGAGCACUGAAUUUGUUGAGGCUUUUGACUGCACGAGAGAUCUCCUCAGUUGAAGGUAUCACAGUAAUAAUGCUAUUCUUCUGUGAAUCCACCAAGCAAGGAAUGGUAUCUUCCACUAUUGAUGUAUUUUGACUUCUGCAAAACAAAAUAUAUUAAUGAAAUAAUUGAUUGCCAUUAUUGUCAUUCUCCUUGAUCUAUAACGAGGGUUUCUCCAUCUUUGAGGGUUGUGAUUGCACUCCUGGACCUCUUUAUUUUUGUCAUCCUUUGGAAUAAAGCAGUGUUCCUGUCGUCGGAAACAUGCCAUUGCAUAUUAGCCUUUUCAGACCAAUAUACCUCUUGCAUACACUGAUUUUUUUCCAGCUCUAUCAUGACACAUUUCUCCUAAGACCUAGGGCUGGCAAUGAACCAAACUAACUCGAAAAUAGUUCGAAACUCGAUUCGGAAAUUAAAUCGUUGAACUAGGUUCAUGAACCAAAUGAGCUGAGUAUGAGCUAAAAAUUAAGUUCGUUAACUAAAUGAGCUGAACUUGAACUAUACAUAGUUCGACUCGUUAGGUUCAUGAGUCAACUCGAUUGUAUAUGAGAUAGAUUAUAUUGUCUUUAAGAGUAGGUUUGAAGAUUUGCUCUAAAUCUUAGUAUCAUAUUUUAUUUUAAUCUAACGGUUAUAAUUGAUAAUCAGGGACUAUAGUUUUCUUACAUAUGCACCAAAUAUUUAGUUCUAGGAUGUUUCUAUUAUUGAUUGCAAAUAGAUUGAGACCAAGCCUAUCCCAAAAAGCAGGGAAUCUUAUAUGUUUCAUCCAGGUUCAUCUAAAAUACACAGGUAAGGUUUAUGAGUCUUUAUGAGGUUCAUCUAAAAUACACAGGUAAGGUUAUAUGUCUUAACAACAGAUGACCGAUAUUUAUAUAAUUUUGAAUUCAUUCUGAACCACAAAAAACGGUCGGUACAAUUACAACCAUACAAAGGGCCUGUUUGUUUUGACUUUUUUUAAAAAUGAUUUUUAUAGUGUUACAAAAUUUUGUGGAAAAAAAAUUUACAAAUAAACUUUUGAUAAAAGCUUCAAAUGAAAAUUUUGUUUGAAUAGUUAUUCUUAAAAUGUGAUUUUAGGUAUUUCAUCUAUUUAUGGGAACAAA